AUGGCUCUUGAUGGUGAAACCAACUUAAAACCCAAAUCACCACAUCGUGAGCUUGCAAAAAGGGCAUCUACAGUCACCGGACUCAAGAAUUUGCAAACAUUGAUCACAGUCGAAGACCCAAAUAAGGAUCUCUACAACUUUGAAGGUUCGUUUGUAUUGGAUGGUGAAAAGUAUCCACUUGGACCAGACAAUGUUAUCUACCGAGGCAGUGUCUUGAGAAAUACAAAGUCAGUGUUGGGUCUUGUCGUAUUCACCGGUGAAGAAACAAAAAUCAGAAUGAAUAACAUCAAAAACCCCCGAACCAAGGCUCCAAAAUUGCAAAAGAAUAUAAACUAUAUUGUUAUUUUCAUGGUGUUUGUGGUGAUUAUGUUAUCGGCAUUUUCAACCAUGGCACAGAGAUUGCAGUUUGCCAGUUAUAAGGAUAGGGCAUGGUACUUAUUUCAACAAGAUGCGGGAGUUGCUGCCACUUUAAUGGGGUUUAUUAUUAUGUACAACACACUUAUUCCCUUGUCACUUUAUGUCACCAUGGAAAUUAUCAAAGUGAUGCAAUUGUGUUUUCUUCAGUUUGACAUUGACAUGUACCACGUUGAAUCAAACACUCCAGCGGAUGCCAAAACAGCAACGAUAUUGGAGGAGUUGGGUCAAGUAUCGUACAUUUUCAGUGACAAGACGGGGACAUUAACAGACAACAAGAUGAUUUUCCGUAAGUUUAGUGUCUGUGGAGUGAGCUGGUUACAUGAUUUGGAUAUCGUUGCAAAUGAAAAGGAGAACCCAAACAGUCAAAUUAUGGCUCCAUUGGUUCCUAGAAUCAGCAUGCAUUUCCCCUCGCUGACAAUCGGGAACAGGACAAGCAUAGAGAACAGAAUGUCGUCGGAUUAUGCUCCAAGAACAAGUACUACUUCAAUUGCCCGUGAAAGUUUGGAUGUUGCCGCACCUCCGCGUAAAAGUACAACAGCAUGGGCAUCAUCGGCUCAACCAAACAAAAUUCAAGACUCCGCAAACUCGUUGCAGUUAUUGAGAUACAUCCAGUCACAUCCACAAACUUUGUUUGCUAAGAAGUCAAAGUUUUUCUUGUUAUCCAUUGCAUUGUGUAACACAUGUUUACCUCGUAAAAAGGAAAAGAAACAGCUGACUCCUUGCAACGAUUCUACAUUCACGUUAGAUAAUAUUGAAGAAGAAGACGAAGAUGGAGCUAGUUACGGCAGUGAUAAUUGUGCUGUAGAUGAAGCAAUUUCAUACCAAGCAGCUUCCCCUGACGAGUUGGCUUUGGUACAGGCCGCAAGAGAUCUUGGAUUUGUUGUAUUUGAUAGACAGAAUAACAAAUUAACCAUAAAAACAUACCCAGAUGGAUUUGAUAAUGACCCAAAGUACGAAGAAUAUCAGGUUUUGGAUGUGAUUGAAUUUUCAUCGGCAAGAAAAAGAAUGUCCGUUGUAGUCAGGUUCCCAGAUAACAGAAUUUGUUUGCUUUGUAAAGGAGCUGACAAUAUAAUCUUGGAGAAGUUAAAGAAUGCAGACUUGGCACAAUCGAAAGCUAAAGAAAUUUCUCAACAAUCUGCAGAAAGAAAAACACAGGAAGCUGAUGUUAUUUUGCAAUCAAGACUUUCACAGGAAGUUGAACCUCGAAAAUCUGGUAUGUCUUUCCGUCAAAGUAUGAGUAUUGGAAACGGCGGUGCUUCGGCAAGGAUGAAUACUAUUGACAAUGCAUUAAUGGGAACUGAGGAAGAAGAAAUUGCUGAUAUCGCUUUGAAAGCAAGAAAGUCUUUACAUAUACAACAAUCGAAAAAGUACAAUUUAGAAACUGAAGCUGAGGAAGAUGAUACCACUGAUGGUAGAAUAUCCAAUUCACGUCCAAGUAAUGGUAUGCAUAUGACACACACCAGCGGAGCAAAUAUUACAAAUAGUUCACUUCCAGAGCAUUAUAUCCCAAAUGACAAAGUUCUUGUGAAUGAAGAAUUCUUGAUUGAAAAAACAUUGGAACAUAUUGAAGAGUUUUCUACAGAAGGUCUUAGAACAUUGCUUUACUCAUUCAAGUGGCUUGAUAAGACUGAUUAUGAAACAUGGAGCAAAGAAUACAGUGAAGCUAAAACAGCAUUGACCAAUCGUAGUAAAUUGAUUGAGAAAGUUGGGGCUAAAAUUGAAAGCAAUUUAGAAUUGUUAGGGGCUACUGCCAUUGAAGAUAAAUUACAAGAUGGAGUAAGUGAGGCAAUUGACAAGUUGAGAAGGGCAGGAAUCAAGUUAUGGAUGCUUACUGGUGAUAAAAGAGAAACUGCUAUCAAUAUUGGAUAUUCUUGUCGUCUUAUCAAAGAUUAUUCAACUGUUGUUGUUCUUUCGAAUGACGAAGGGAAAGACGCGUUGACAGACAGAAUUAUAUCGUCCACGCUGGAAGUCAAAGCGGGACGAGUUGCUCAUAGUGUCUUGGUCAUUGAUGGGGGUACUUUAACUGAAGUGGAACAGGAUCCGACAUUGUUGACAUUGUUCCUUGAACUAUGUGUUGAAGUGGAUUCCACCAUUUGUUGUCGUGCUUCACCUUCCCAAAAGGCCAAUAUGGUUAGUGCCAUUAGAAAAUUGAAGAAAGAUGCUGUUACCCUUGCAAUUGGGGAUGGUGCCAAUGAUAUUGCGAUGAUUCAAAGUGCAGAUAUUGGUGUUGGCAUAACUGGUAAAGAAGGUCUUCAAGCUGCCAGAUCGGCAGAUUAUGCUAUUGCGCAAUUUAGAUUCUUAUUGAAACUUUUGCUUGUCAAUGGUCGAUACAACUAUGUGAGAACAUCCAAGUUUGUCUUGUGUACUUUCUACAAAGAGUUGUUGUUCUACUUGACUCAAUGUAUUUACCAAAGAAACACUUUGUUUUCUGGGUCAUCGUUGUAUGAAAGUUGGUCGCUUUCCAUGUUUAAUACAUUGUUUACUUCCUUACCAGUCAUUUGUGUGGGGAUGUUUGACAAGGAUUUAAAGCCAGCAACUUUAUUGGCUGUUCCAGAACUUUAUGCAAAGGGUAGACUUUAUCAAGCGUUCAACUUGAAGAUUUUUGUUUCCUGGAUGGUACUCGCCACAUUACAGAGUGUUGGGAUAUCCUUCUUGGCAUAUUAUGUCUGGGGAUUCACCGCAUUGCGAGACAAUACAACGUUUGCACUUGGAUCAUUGUCUUUUACAGUUUUGGUGAUUGUUAUCAAUGCCAAGUGUACAUUACUUGAAAUGCAGAAUAGAAAUUGGUUGGCAUGGGCUUCGUUCAUAAUAUCAGUUGGUGGUUGGGGACUCUGGAAUUUGUUAAUUAUGGGGUUGUAUAGAAACAAAUUGUCUACCAUUUAUUUUGUGGCCUAUGGGUUAAUUACAUGGGGUCGUGAUCAAAGUUGGUGGGCGGCAUUGUUGAUGAUUUUGACUAUACCACUAUUGUUUGAUAUUUUGAUUAAGGUGUUCAAGUUUAUGUUCAAACCCAACGAUGACGAAAUCUUCCGUGUUUAUGAACAAGAUUUGGAAUUGAGGAAAUUCUUUGAAAAUGCAGCCUACAAGGAAUUGUAUCAAAGUUGGACUUUCCCACAUGAUCCAUCUACUACAAAAAUGUUGAUUUUUAAAGCCUUCAGAAAUAUUGGUUCUAAAUUAGGUAUCAAAAAGAAUCGCUCGAUAGAAGAAGAGUUAGGCGAACAAAGAGACAACUCUAGCAAUGAUGAUUUACAAUCUGCAGCCAGCAGAAAGAGAGCAGGAACUAAUCCAAUGAAGCAUGAAUUGCCACCAAGUGGAGAAGGCAUCAAUGUUUAUUCAAGUGACUUCAAACCACAUGUUUCACAGUUUGAAAAUGGUUAUGAGAUUCUUCCUAGUGGUAAACGUGUCAAGGUUAGAAAUAAGGAACGUAGCUGGUCAAUUUCAAAAGCAUUUGGGAAGAAUAACGAUGAAGAUGUGGAUGCUAUUAUAGACGAAAGAUUGAAUAAUUUGCGUUACGAAGAAGAAGGAAGAAAUGUGUGA